GAGCACCCACCCUGCCCCACUCCGGGGUCUCAGAAGCACGCCCACUCGCCCACGUUCUCUGGUGUCCUAGCAACCAGAAGCUCUCAUCUGAACUCCGGCCCGGACAGAGGCCAUUUUCUCCCAUGACCUGCUGCUUCCCUGGACCUCUGCGGAUCUGUCCACACAGCUUGUGGGUUCCCUGAAAGCCACCACUUGUCCCCGAGGACGCCCAGAAGCCCAGCCACACCGAGCCUACCUGCGGGAUGAGUUUCUCACUCACGUUCUCCGAGCUGGUCAACAUCGCCAUCCCGCAGUGCGGGGUGGUGAACUUCAAGGCCCUGCACCUCCUGCUUCAGGGCAUCCUGGAGCACAUCCACAUGGCUGAGCUCAAGAAGGUCCUCUCAGGAGACGAGGACUUUCUCCAGACCUCACCAGUUGUGUUCAUGCCCCGGGAAGCAGACGCCCAGCCCGUCCUCAGCCCCAUGAAGAGGCUCAGCAAUGUCUUUGACCACGUGGUCAGCCGCAUCGACAAGAUGGAGAGCCAGCUGGCCGUGCUGCAGGACCUGCCCUCCACUUCCCAGCUGCUGGAGGGCAGCCAGGGCAGGGGCCAGCCCGCCCAGGACCUGUGGCACCUGAUAAAGCUCCGGAAGAUGGUGGAGGGCAACGAAGAAGCCACGGCAAAGAUUGUCCAUACUCAAAUUAAAAACCUUGAAAUGCACAAGGUGGACAAAAGUGUGAUGGAGCAGGAGUUGAAAGAGAAAGCCGACAGGAGCACCCUGGCAAGCAAGGCGAGCCGGGCCGACCUGGAGACAGUGGUGACAGAGCUGAACGAGAUGAUUCAGGGCAUGCUCUUCAGGGUCGUGACCCAUGAGGAUGACUGGAAGAAAGCUCUGGAGCAGCUGAGCAAGGACCUGAGCACCAAGCUGGUCCACAGUGAUUUGAAUGGUCUGAAGAAAGACAUGGAUGAGAUCUGGAAAGUACUCAGGAAGCUCCUGAUUGAAGGCCUCCGAUUUGACCCUGACAGUGCUGCUGGCUUUAGGAAGAAACUGUUUGAGCGGGUGAAAUGCAUCUCCUGCGACCGGCCAGUGGAGCUGAUGACGGGCCCGCCACUCAUCACCAUCCGCAAAGCCCACCUGCUUUCGAGGCUGCGGCCAGCCAGCGCCAACACCUAUGAGUACCUGCAGCAGCAACAGUUGAGGGAACACCGGCGGCUACAGCAGCUCCGGGACCUUGGAGACCAGCACAGUAGUCUGGAUUCGCUGGGGUCCCAGAAGGACUGGGGCGAUGGCCCUGGCAAUUUUGCCAACCUCAAGUUCAACUCCUAUGACUUGUCAACGCUCUACCCCUACGGGGACCCCGAGGUGUUGGACUAUGACACCGCUGAGGUGGACAUUCUGGGAGUGGACGGGAUCCUGUACAAGGGCCGAAUGACCAACCAGGAUGGGGCACGGCCUUUGACCAGCGUUGAGAAGGAGAUGACAGAGGUGGGCAAGCCGCAGAGGAGGGCCUGGGAGGAGCAGGUGUCCGGGUCAGGUGUCGAGUUCGGGUUCUGA